CGAAACUACGCCACGCACAUACGGCUGGUUCUCUCUCGAGUUAUCCACGUUGUUUUUCUGCACCGAAGUGACACCAAAGUAAUUCAUUUUUUGAAAGCGGUACACUACUGUCAGUCAACGGGUGAUUUUGAGUGAGUGUUCCUAUUCAGAUUCUAUCAGACAUUUUUCACAACUUUAACAAAAAUCACUUUGCUGAUAACAGAAGAAACUGUAGUUUUGGAAAAGGAAGAACUGGUCACAUUAGAGCUGGUUUGACAGUCAAGCCAAAACAAAACACAGACAGUUGAAGAAAUUUUUGUAUCAGUCGGCGUUGGUGGUGGAUGGCUUGAAAUUUUCUUGGCUGCCAGGACACAAUUCAGUGCAUGAUAUCCAGUCACUGAUGGAUUUUGAACCAGUAGGAGCAACCGGACUCCCAUUUGAAUGAGUGUCAAUUUUUCUUAAAAGAUGUCAUGUCCUCAAUUUGGUUAUAACGGAUCAUCCUCAACAACGCAGCUUCUGAUGGCCGGACAGUCCGGGACGCCGUUGUCCGCCGGUUCGGCACCCAGCGGAGGCGGAACCGGAUCCGGUUCCGGCCAGCCCUGCUGCGAAUCGGGUCGUCCGGUGCUCACAGACCCUCUUACCGGACAGACAGUCUGCUCUUGCCAAUACGACGCCCAACUCCUCGGCUAUCAGCGCCUUGCUGCAUCGGGCCUGCCCCUCAACGUGUACGGCACGGCGGCUGCAGCCGCCGCCGCAGCGGCAGCCUACGGCACCGAACAAGGCUUCCUGCCGCUCUCCGCUGAGCAAUCGGCUUUCUACUCGCCCACGGCCAAUGGAUUCGAUUUGAAGGACAAUUUAGAAGCGUGGAGAAGUCUCCCCUAUGCUGCAUCCAUGUAUUAUCCUUACGAUUCAGCAGCCUUAGCGGGUUAUCCUUUUCCUAAUGGAUACGGGGUGGACUUGAAUGGCGCACGCAGAAAAAACGCGACGAGGGAGACUACGAGCACCCUGAAGGCGUGGCUAAACGAACAUCGCAAAAAUCCUUACCCAACUAAAGGAGAGAAGAUCAUGCUGGCCAUCAUCACCAAAAUGACCCUCACUCAAGUGUCCACUUGGUUCGCCAAUGCCCGAAGAAGGCUCAAGAAAGAGAACAAAAUGACUUGGUCUCCAAGAAACAGAUGCGAAGAUGACGACUUAGAUGAUAGAGAUGAUACAGACCAAAGGAUCAAAGAAUCCGAUGCCAAAAGGAUGGACAAGGACCACGACGUGGACAGGAGGAGGAGUGAUCCUCACCAUCCAAGGCAAAACUCAGGUUCUGAUGAUGGCAAAAUGGACUUCGUGGAUGUCGACGAUGACUGUAAAUCGUGUGCUUCCACAAGUACUGACGGGCAUGUCAUAACCAACAGCUCGGACAAAGAAAACUGUUCCCUUCUCAAACCACACAGAGUGCCCAGUCCAAUUUCGGACGCUUCUCUAGGUUCCGAGGACUCAGAAUCCUCUCAGAACUCUUCUGUUCCCCACCCUUCCUCGACAGAACUGCCACAGCAAAGCCAACAACAGAAACCUAGAAUAUGGUCAAUUGUCGAUACAGCGACAUCGACGCAAGGUCCCAGUUCCUCAAACCUCCCUCCCGGUGCUUCCUCUAGACUGAGCCCUUUGCAAAGGGCAGCCUACCUCAAUCCUUAUCCGAAACCAGCCUCGUGGUACGCAGGAACUCUCGGGAAUCUUAGUGUAGUAACAAGUGUUGGUGGCACAUUCCCCUUAUCAGCUGUGUACUCUUGUCCGCCAAUAGGCGGAGGCCCAUCCGGGUCAACACCAUCCCUUGCUGAAUCCUCUGCAGUCUCGUCCCUCAACAGGCUAAGGACAGCAGCUGCAGCUUUUCCUACGGCGGCUACUGCUGGAGAGCUCUCCCUUCAUAAAGCGGCAAUUGCAGCUGCGGCUGCUGCUGGUUCAUCUUCACCUCCUACGUCGGUUUUCAGCUUGGCCUCCAAAAUGGGCAAUGGCUCUUUGGGGUCUGCAAGUGACCAGCCUCAACAGGACUCCCCCGGUGUGUCUCGAACUUCGACGUCCAGUAGUAGCUCUGCGGCGGCGAUAGCAGCAAUGUCUAGCAGUACUGCUAGUAGCGUCAUCAACAAUGGACCGAGUCCAGGACGUGUAAUUUCUUAAUAAUUCAAAAAUGAAUACUAUAUGGAAAUUUCACUGAAUCGCCAAGCACGGCACAAUGUACAGAUUAAGAGACUGGUUGGGAAGGCUUUCUGGAACAAGCCUACCAAAAAGAAUCAAACGUUAUUGAAGAGAAAAAUAUCACUUACAAGUGUUUGCGAAGGGCAAAAAUUCAUGAUAAACGAAAGAUAUACUUCAUGCAUGAAAUGUACGGCUUUCUAUUUCGACUUUUCGAAUACAUCAACUUUUUUCGAUCGUCAGUAGUCAAUGUACUUAAUUAAGAUAUCGAAAUAAAAUUGUGGGUUUGACCUGAAAACUAAAUUUUUAAUCUAAUGAUAAAUAUUUUUAACAUAUAGUAUGGAAAUUUACCUCUUUAAAAUGCCAUGUAUAGUAUUCAUUAACUUUUUAAAAUUAAUGGAUCUUGUUAAUUAAUCUAAAAUUGUUGAUUAGUGAAACAAAAUUUUAUUUAGAUAGUUGUUUUUAUUAAUAUAUUCUUAUGCUUGCAUUAAAUUCUGAAUUAUACUAAAAGCAAAUAUUAUAUUUUCGCUAUAAUUGCGUGAAAAAACUAUUGUAUGCUAUCUCAAAAGCCUUUAAAUUUUUAAUGAAAACAUUUACAGAAGCAUAAAUUUUUGCCAUUAAAUUAUUUAAUACAAUUUUUGAAGUUUUCUUGAAUUACUUGUGUUUUAGAUGUCAUUGCAGACUUUUAGCUUAAUAUUCUAAAAAAUCGCUCCUCGCUCUUUGAAAAUUAAAAGUUGACGUCUUCGUUAUUCCACAGCGUAAAAGAAAUUGAAAGCUCAAAGCCUCAAGAAAGCGUUAAUGAUUUUUCGAAAAUGGUCUUGAAAAAUUUAGUUUUUUCCAAUAUUCUCAGAGAUCUAUGAAGUGAACUGGAAGAAAUUGAAAAACCACUAUGGCAUCAUUAUGAAACCCAAAUUGUCAUACGAAGAGAUAAAUGAAAAUGUAAAUAAAAGUGUCUUACAGUAUUAAAUCACACACAAAAAAAAUAUUCAAGCUGUUGCAAAUGAACUCAUAACAAAUAAUGCUUGAUUGCAAUACUUCCUAAUUCAUUUUGGACAUCUUUCCAAGCGCUUUGAUUAAACAUAAAGUUACGGUGAAUAAAAACUCAAAGUUGUCGAAGCACAUGCUUUCACAGCGGAUUGAUGAAUCAAUAAGGUGGGCGACAAGCUGCUGUUAAUAAUUUAUUUGAAAGUGACUAUCAGAGUUUAAAACUUAUUGAAAAAAAAUAAAAAACUCUUGAAGAAAGCCAAAUGUUUUCCUACAAAGACUUAAUGAAAGUGACGACGCUUUUAUAAACCAAAGCUUGUAUAUAGUUACCAUGACAUAGAUAAAUAUAAGUGUACAAAAGUUGUUCAAGCCUGCUUAAAAAAAAUGGAAAAUAAUGUGACACCAGCAGGAACUGGAAUCUAAUUUAUUUCGUGGCUUUGAAAAUAACAUAUUGACUAGUGAUAAAAGGAAUUUGAAGAAUUUAUUAUUGAGUCCAUGAUUUGCGCAAAAGGCCCCUUGUACUUUCUGUAAUCCCCUUCGGCGUUGCCAUUUUCCUUGUUGUCAAUGAAUAAUUCAGUUUAUGUAUCAAUAAAUGCAAAAAGUGUUUCCUUUAA